CACAAAAAAGUUAUGAUGGGUUAUUUACCGAAAUAGUGCUGUAAGUGGCGCCCUCUAGAAGUUUGGCCAUACCAAAAACGGAUUCUUGUUUAUCAUACUAGAAAACCUCGCUAUACCGAGUUUUAUGCCAAAAUCUGAAAUACUUAUCAAGCGAUAAGGAAAAAUUGAAAAUAAAAUUGUAACUUUGACACCCUGUAUCUCGCAAACUAUCAACUUUUGGACUAAGGUAUGUUUAGGUCAAUUCACAUAUGUAGUAUCUCCAGUUUCGAGAUUUCCCAACCUUUCGCAGCCGGACACAUCAUACGAAGUUGCAGGUAACAGCUACUCUACGAUAAAAAAUCAUGUUGGAUGAACAUUUGCGUUGGCUAACAAUAGCACUGCUUGCUGAUGACAUACCUGAAGAUGAUUUACUACUGAUGUUACUAUUAAUGCGUCGCCAAGAUCGUGCGUCAAAUAUGAGGUUACUGUUAGCGACAUUGGAUGCUUGUAAUCUACUUGACGAAGAAUUGCUUUUAUUAUUGAUGCUGAGAGAACGUGCGCGAUCCGAUGAUUCGUCAAUGUCGUCGACAUCAUCUUCAGAUGAAGAAGAUUUGGAUGCGGCGUCAAGACUUGUGAAUCAGAAUGAACAGAGAGCCAGAAAAGCUACAGAAGCGAAUAGUUCCAGUACAGGCAGUCCCGUACCAACCCUUGGUCCUGAAGAUAUUGAUAUAGUAGACACCGACAUAAAGCUAGAGGAGAACGAUAUAGAAGAAACCCCCGCGAAAAGGCUGAAAACGGAACAUAUCGAACCCAGUGAAACCCCCGCGAAAAGGCUGAAAACGGAACAUAUCGACCCAAGUGUAACUUCAGAACCUUGUCCGGUAGUGAAAGAAGAACCAGUGGAUGCGCCAGAUUUUGUUGAUCCUACAUCGGUGACUCCUUUAUUGCCUGGAAGUUUGGGAGUCGCUAUCAAAAGGGAACCAGAGGAUCCUGCAGAAUGUGGGUCAAGCAGUGCAAACUUCCAAGAAGUGUGUGUCACUGAAGAAGCUGACUUAGGAAUAAAGCAGGAAGUUGAGCUGCCAUAACAACAAAUCUUGACUACAUAGAUUAGAAAAUAAAUCUAUUUUUGUAAUAUAGAAGAUGCCUAAAAGAUAGUCUUAUGUGCCAGUGGUCUCAGAUUUUUUUCUUGUAAAAAUGUUUUGUAACUUUUUUUCAAAUCAAUGAAAGACAUUAUUACCCAGUCAGGGAAUAAUAUUUUGGUUGACUUCUAAUAUUCUAAAAUCGACUUACUGUUUAUAUCUUUUGUCACUACCAUGUAGUAAUCGAAAUAUAUUUCUAUUGUCUGAUGUUCAGAUUCACGUUGUUUGUUUUUAUAUUUUUUCUUGUAUUGCCAUUAGGCUUUUAUUUUUUGAUAUACAAGACUUCUUGUAUUCUAUAUAUUUGUAAUAAUUUCAAUGUUAUAGUUCUUCUAGUUUGCUGCUAUUUUAUGCAAAUCUGAGCAUAGUUUUUUAAUACAAGAUAGGAAUGUAUGUAAUUUUUAUUUUUUCCCAUUUUCCUACAUGGUUUUCUUUGCGUUAAUUGGCAAAACAUUUUUUGCAUUUUUGAUAUAGGUAUAAC